AUGUUUGAUCCAGAAUUCGCGAGUGCAGAACCUUCUCAGUUCGAACUUCUCAACAAUUUGAUUGAGGAAAGCGAAGGGUUUAACAAAAAGAUGAAUCCCGAAGAGUUAAGAAGUAGACAGGAAGAGGAGAAAUACAUGAAACAAAAACAAUUGGAAGAGGAAAGAAUUUUGAAGGAUAUUUCAUCAUCAUGUCAUUCCGAUCGAUACAGUAACAGCAGCACAACGCUAAAUACAAAAAUUGAGGUAAUUGAUAAGCUGAUUGGAACGAAGGCACAAAAAUUAGAUCCAAGAAUUUGGACCGACACAGAAUUGGAUGAGUUGGAGGAAGAUUUUGAGGACGAACGAGAAAUACCAGACUAUGACAUUAUCUACCAACAAAAAGUUUCAGCAAUGGACGCCUAUUUAGGUAUUGAUCCCGAGAAAGAUCCCUCUACCUCAUGCAGCGACACUCUUUGCGCAAACAUUCGACUUCCAAAAACCAAAAAUCUUGCAGAAAUUGAACUCGACAUUUCAUCCACAACAUUCAGUGUAAAAACUGAACAUUAUAAAUUAAUUGCAAAUUUCCCUCAAGAGGUAAUAGAGAAGGAAACCAAAGCAAAGUGGAAUUCAAAGACAAAAACUCUCCAAAUCAUCGUUCCAGUUGUAAGAUAG